CUCCACUCGAAUAUGACAAACUUGUAUUGGAAAUUCUUGUCACUCUCACAGUCUAUCGACACUGUAUUUCUCGUCUAAAUUUCCUGUUAAAAUACAACCGUAGUCUGGGCUGUCUUCAAAAGCCAGACUACCCAAAUUCUAUCCCAACAUGUCCUUUGCUCAAUUUCCGCAAUUCUUCGUACGCAUGUCCUCGCGAGAUGGCAAGCGAAAGGUUAUGAAAGUUUUUCAAAAUCCCUUAUACAUAAACGAGGUUCUCUCGGCUGCUAAGGAAUUUGGAAUCGUUGGUAAGUACCUUCUAAGUGCCGAGGAUAAUGCCAUUAUUGCCGAUGUGGAGACUCUUCGCUACUUCAUCCGAAAGGGACACACUAUUAUUGUGGCCGAAAACCUGGAAUCCAUCGAUCACAUAACUCUAGAGGAAAUAGGGGAAAGUCAAACCGAAGAUGAACAUCAUGUGCCUGGCGGGCAGAAUGGCCUUUCGGAAGCCAAGCAGGAACUCUUCUGCCAAGCCAAGAAACUCUCCGCUCAGUUUGUGAAUGUGAUGGGGGCCUUCACCAGUUUUAUCAAGGAACUGGGCAAGAUGGAGGACCAAAAGUCAGCUGCUUUCCAGGCAGGACUCAUAAACAUGGGGAACUAGUUUGGCGUGCCAAUCGGAUCAGCCUUAUUUGGAAAACUUUUGGCAAAUUUCUAUCAUAAUUAUGAAAAUAAAAUCAUAAAAAUAU